AUGCGCCUCCAGAGGCUCAGCGCCCACAUCACCUCUAUCAUGGCCUCGGGCCAGUUCCUGAAGCCGAUGCGCGCGUCGCAGGUGGCGCUCGGCGCCUCCGAGCUGCUCGUGUGGACGGUCCCCGACGUGGACACGUCCAUGGACUACAGGUUCGUCAUGCAGGUCCUGCGCAUGACCUCCACGGCCCCGCCCUGGCGGCCUCGCGGCGCGCAAGGCCUCGGG